AUGGCUGCAAAAGCUCAAGCUCACGGCUACGAGUUUGGCGGCCCUCUGGGCGCCAUUGGUAUCUCGUUCGGCCUGCCCCUCGUCUGUUACCUAUUCGCCUUCCUUUGCAACGAUGUUUCUGGAUGUCCUCCACCAUCAUUGACCGCUCCGUCCACCGUCACACUCGACACACUCAAGCAAGAAGUUGGCUGGCCUGGCGUCGCUGGUCUCCUCAACACCCAAUCACUUGUCGCAACCCUUGGCUACUACACUCUCAGUCUUGCCCUUCAAGCCUUCCUGCCCGCUCAUGAAGUUCAAGGCACUGUCUUGGUCUCUGGUGGCCGAUUGACCUACCGCUUUAAUGCCUUCGCCUCGGCCAUGUUCAUCCUCGCCAUCGCCGCUGCUGGCACCUUCCUCCAGGGCGCCAACUUCCCUGUCUGGACCUUCAUCAACGACAACUACGUCCAGCUCCUGACCACAAACAUCCUCAUCAGCUACUUCCUUGCAACCUUCUGCUACGUUCGCUCCUUCUCCGUCAAGCCCAAGGACCCCAACAACCGCGAGCUCGCCCAGGGAGGCGCCACUGGCAACAUGAUUUACGAUUGGUUCAUUGGGAGAGAGCUUAACCCUCGUGUACAAAUCCCCAUCUUUGGCGAAGUCGACAUCAAGGCUUUCAUGGAGUUGAGACCUGGUCUUCUCGGCUGGAUCCUGCUUGACUUGGCCUUUGCUGCUCGACAGUACGGCACCUACGGCACUGUGACUGAUUCCAUGUACAUUGUUGUCGGCACUCAGGCCUGGUACGUCCUCGAUGCCCUGUGGAACGAGCCCGCCAUCAUGACUACCAUGGACAUUACUACCGAUGGCUUUGGCUGCAUGCUUGCCUUUGGCGACCUCGUCUGGGUUCCUUUCAUCUACAGCAUUCAAGCUCGCUACCUCUCGAUCCACGCCGUUCACCUCGGCUGGGCCAAGGUUGCCUUCAUCAUGGCCGUUCAGCUCACAGGCUACUACAUCUUCCGCUCCAGCAACGGCGAGAAGAACAAGUUCAGAACCAACCCUAACCACCCCGAUGUGAAGCAUCUCGAGUACAUCGAAACUGCCCGUGGAACCCGCCUUUUGACCUCUGGCUGGUGGGGAACUGCCCGUCACAUCAACUACCUCGGCGAUUGGGUCAUGUCAUGGGCCUACUGUCUUCCUACCUGGCUCUCUGGUUAUGUCGUGCACACUGCUGCUCUCACUGGUGACAAGAUUAUCAGCCAGGGACCCAACGGCGAGAUGGCUGGCUGGGGUACACCUAUUACUUACUUUUACAUGCUCUACUUUGCUGUCCUGCUCAUUCACCGCGAGCGCAGAGAUGACGCUCAUUGCCGUGCUAAGUAUGGCAACGACUGGAACCGCUACUGCGCCAUUGUCAGAUGGAAGAUCUUGCCAGGUGUUUACUAG